AUGGUUAUAACAGAGAAAAUAAGUGACCUUCGAGAAGAUAAGGCUGACACCUUUGCCUUUCCCCUCCCUUCAAGAAAUGUUGAUAAAGCAAUUAAACGAAAGAAGCAAAAGUCCAAAGUCUGGCUUAAGGUCUGGAAAGUAAAUUCAAAAAUGCUUGAAGAAAAUGAAAAGUUCAGAAGUCGACUCUUGACUUGCAGUCAGUUUAAUGGAGAAGGCAAUGAUACGAACCAAAGCUCACAGAAUGAGGCAUCCUACCUGGACAGGGAGGAGUCCAUCUUUGGCUGGGUAUAGCAAGAAAAUAAAGGAAGAUUCAAUCCAAC